GGAGGUUACUUUGGGAAGCCGCGCAGCUCGCUCAUCCCAGCCCCGUAGUUCGGAGGGAGUGUGUCAUGUUACAGGGGAGCCACGAUCAGCCAGAGCACAACGUCGCCGGAGCAGCUGAGAAUUACCUCUCUCUAAUGGGGACUUUCAUGUGCGAGCUCCUGGCCAUUCUGCGAAGGAACUGAAACUGACAGCUUAGAAAGAAAAACCUACCAGAGAACCGAAAGACUGAAAUACAGGAGGAAAAAAAAAAAAAAAUCUUGAUCAGAUUAUUUUUUUCCCCCUCGCACUCUUUGCUGCAGUUGGAUCCCUUUUUUCUGCACCCCUUUUAUGACAGGGAGGGAAUGUUGGAGGAGAAGAGCUGGAAAGGCGUCGACGAAGCAGCUUUUGACAGGGGGUGUGUGGCUCCCCCCAGGACCGGCGAUGGGGAGAGAUGCUGCCGCCUCCCUCUCCUGCUGGGCUCGGGGCUGCCCGGCGUGUCCCUGCUCUCUCUGGUGCUGAGCCUCCUGCUGUACUUUCGGACCUCUGAUCUGCAGUCCCGGGUGUCCCACUUGGAAGCGGACAGACCCACACAGCUCCCUGCCUGGCUCUCAGCAGACCAAAUGGAGACAGCUAUUUUGGGAAGAGUUGACCAACUGCUCAAUGAGAAAUUAAAGUUCCACUUGCCAAGACAUCGAGAAGUUCGAGACACAUACCAGCGAUGCAACUGCCCGGCAGGUCCACCUGGGGACAAAGGUGCGAUGGGAAUCCCUGGGCGGCCGGGACUAAAAGGGCAAUCCGGAGAGAAGGGUGCUCCAGGAGAAGCUGGCAUGUCCAUCAUUGGGCCCCGUGGUCCACCCGGACAGCCUGGAACUAGAGGUUUUCCUGGAUUCCCGGGCCCUAUUGGCUUGGACGGCAAACCGGGGCAUCCUGGACAGAAGGGCGAGAUGGGUGCUGCAGGUCCCAGGGGACAACCUGGACCCCCAGGACAAAAAGGAGAGAAGGGUCAGUGCGCAGAGUACCCGCACAGGCUGCUGCCUCUCCUCAAUUCAGUGCGGCUGGCUCCACCUCCGGUCAUAAAGAGACGCACUUUCCAGGGUGAACAAGGACAGGCGGGGAUCCAAGGUCCCCCGGGGCCCCCUGGUCCACCAGGACCCCCUGGACCAGCUGGACCCGAAGGAAUCCCAGGACGUCUUGGGCCAGUUGGACCCCCUGGCAGAGCAGGAGAGCCUGGAAAGCCUGGCAGGGAUGGAAAGGGCUUACCUGGGCCUCCUGGACCAAAGGGAGAUGCUGGGAUUCAGGGAUACCCUGGCAGAAAGGGUGAGGUGGGCGAGUCAGGCCUGCCCGGUGCCCAUGGCCUCCCUGGAGCCUCUGGCCCCAAGGGUGAAAAAGGGGACGCUGGCAUAAAGGGGGAGAGAGGCAUGCCAGGGCUGCCAGGAAGACAUGGCUCUAAGGGCGCUCCCGGGAUGGCCGCCGCAGGGAUGAAGGGCGAGCCUGGGCUUCCAGGAGAAAAGGGAAAUUCUGGAGUGCCAGGGAGGAUGGGCCCCCCAGGUUUGCCAGGGAAGAGGGGGCAGCGGGGUGAGAAGGGACGAGCUGGUGACCCUGGAAUUCCUGGACUUCCGGGCCCAAAGGGAGAGAAGGGAAUUGCUGAGAAUGCCUUGGUGGGAGCUAAAGGAGAACCUGGCCCUCCAGGUCUGCCUGGACCCCCUGGACCAAAGGGAGAAGCUGGUGAUGUUGGUCAGCCUGGUGCUGCAGGAUCACAGGGAGAAAAGGGGGAACGUGGUUCACCAGGAGACCAGGGACCCAUGGGCCCAAGGGGCCCCAAAGGAGAGCCUGGGAAGGAUGAAAUGAUGGACUAUGAUGGGAACAUCAGUGAAGCUCUCCAGGAAAUACGAACUUUGGCCUUGAUGGGACCUCCAGGACGUCCAGGUGUGGCUGGACCUCCAGGGCCACCAGGACAGAAGGGUGAAAUUGGCUUGCCAGGUCCUCCAGGCCACGACGGAGAAAAGGGACCACGUGGCAAGCCUGGAGAAGUGGGCCCCCCUGGGCCUCAGGGACUGCCAGGAAAGGAUGGACCCCCUGGGAUGAAGGGAGAGCCAGGCCACGUCGGGGUCAGAGGAGAGAAGGGCGAUAAGGGAGAGCCAGGACAAGCAGGCUCACCGGGUCUAGAUGGCCCCACUGGAGAGAAAGGCGAACAAGGUGACCAAGGGAUACCAGGACCACCAGGACUGCCAGGGCCCAUUGGACUUCCAGGAUUGACAAUAUCUGGGCCCCCUGGACCCCAAGGCCCUCCAGGACCUCCAGGUCUUCAGGGUGUCCCAGGACCCAAGGGGGAAGCAGGGAUUGAUGGAGUGAAAGGAGAGAAGGGUGCCCAGGGUGAAAAAGGAGACAGAGGGCCACUGGGAUUACCAGGUGCUUCAGGUUUAGACGGCAGGCCUGGACCACCGGGUAUUCCAGGACCAAUUGGGGUUUCGGGACCAGCAGGACCAAAAGGAGAAAGGGGCAGUAAAGGAGAUCCUGGAGUUGCAGGACCAAUGGGGCCAGCAGGGCUUCCUGGUUUACAAGGUCUGCCUGGCGACAAGGGAGUCCGGGGGGAGAGGGGCAAGAAAGGCUCUAGAGGGUCUAAAGGGGAUAAGGGAGACCAAGGAGCACCUGGAUUAGAUGCACCCUGUCCGUUGGGAGAAGAUGGCCUUCCAGUUCAAGGCUGCUGGAAUAAGGGUCAAACUCCUUGGCUGAUAGCCAGAAAAUGAGUCUGAGGGUGGAGAAGCUUGGGAAAUGGCAGCAGAGGGAAAGGAGGACCUUCCUGAAGAUUUGCUGGAGAUGUUUUGCAAGUUGCCUCCCUGGAGCUUGGGAAGAGUUCCUCAGCAGUGCACCAGGAAUGUAUGCCCAGAUGCUGGAGCUGCAGGAGCUCGGCGUGCCAGCACUUUCUGCUUUGCUUUCUGUUUUCUCCCAGAGGCAGUGGCAGGGGUUGAGAAUGGCACCAUUUAUAUUCUUUUUCUUUGGUCAUUUUCACUUCAUUCUACUAUUGUGGUCAGACUCUUCAGAUGAAGAAUUAGGCUCAUUUUCCAGCAGCAGCUGCAUAAAUGAGUGCAAGACAUAGACAAUAUUUCUGGGAGGGGAUCCUUUGAUCCAAGAAAGAAACCCUUCUUGAACAUUUCUCUUUAGAAAAGCAGAGAAACCCCAGAACUGUGUUCAGUUCAGAGUGCUGCUCAGAGAGGAUGUGAUAACACUUUUUGCUACCAUUUCUGGUUACCAGGUGACAAAGUUCCACCUGUAUCACUGAUGAUUCCAUCUUUAACCUUUUAAUCACAAACUUUGUUCUCCCGUUUAAUUAUAAGGAAAUGACAUUGGUUUGUUUGGGUUUUUAAAACCGUACUGGAUUCUGAAGGCAUGAAAUAAGUUGUCAGAAGAGAAAAAUGUGGAGUGUGGAAAAAGUCUGGUUUCACUGACUAAUUCCUUUGCUUCCUGUACUUGUGCUUUGGUCUCCACUUCACCCUCUGGAUGUACUUUGUCUGGAGCCCUCCAGAAAUGUUUUCUGCUGGCCCAUUAAGACCCUUUUGUGGGUGCAUCUCCACAGAUGCACAUCCAGAUGGAAAAGAAGGAUCUCAAAGGUUCAAUUCCACUGUUACACGUUUUAAUAUGUUCACUAAAGGGAAAUAAAGAUUUGGCAAUGUGCUGAGGGGUUCAGAGGACGUUUCCCAGCCUGAAGGGCAGAACAUACAAUCCUGGAUACUUCCUACCAGCUGCCAUGCAAACCUGGCAUCCUUUACUCGGCCCCCACUGCUGAAGGUUAGCAUGUAAGCUCAAGUGCCUUUCCACCACAGCUGUUGCAAUUUGUUUUUAAAAAUCCCAAAUUUAAAAUAAGUGCCUAUCUUUUGAACAUGACAAAACAUCUCAAUUUUCCUGAGUGCAUUGGGAAUCCCGUUUGCCCAAGAACUAAACCACAUAUUUAACUUUGAGGGAAUGAUUCCCCGCUGGCCUAAAUGAUACCAUUUGCAUAUUGAAAUACUUGGGUGAGCCAGAGCUAUUGUUAUUGGGGCUAAUGAAUGAUAUUAUCUCAAUCAUUAGAUGGAUCCAAGUGCUAAGCAAUUCACAUUACAGCUGGGGAGAAAGUGCUGCCUUCAAGCUCAAAGGGAUGCCAUUAACCCAGAGCAAUCCCAGACUCAAGCAUUCUUUGUCAGCACAAGUGGAAUCAGUCAUUCUGAUCUUCUGAUAAGGACACCUGUACCUGACACCCAUCUCCUCUCCAAUGCACAGAAAGGCUACUGUUAAAAGAAGUCCAGGUUUGCAAAGACUGGGGGGAAAAUCCUACUUUCGUGUUUGUCUGAAGAAUUGCAGAUUUUUUUAAUUGAGGUUUCUUACAGAUGUGUUGAGGAAAGAGAGUAGUGGGGGAAGAAAUUGUUUCAGUUGAGAACCAGGCUGGUGGAAACAUUAAUUUAUUUUAUUUGUAUUUUUUUUUAAUUUUUACUUUUUUGGGGUGGGCGGAGGGAGAACCUGACCAGAACUGCAGGCGGUAGGUGUGCAUUUUUCCUUCUUUUUUAAUGAAAACAAUUAUAUAUAUAGUUUGAUAAUGUUACUUUUACUUUUUUGUUAAUGAUUUUUGGGGGCAAUUUGUUUGCUCUAUUCUGUUUUCCUGUGUUUUCUUUUAGGUAUAUUUUUCAUGGGCUUUUGGAAUAAGUGCAUAGAAGUUCCUCACCCCAGAUGUCCUAAGGACAUUCCUAUCGUGUUUUUUCUCCCCAAGUUCAGUAGUGAAAAGGUGCUUUCUAUCGGCAAACGCGUUUUUAGUGGGCAUAGACAUAUCCCCAAAGGCCACGCCGAGGGACCAGGUGCCAGUGACCUCUCCCAGACAAAACGCUCCCUCCACAAGGCUGCAUUUACAUUUACAAAGAUAGAAAGGGCUAUGUUAGGGACCAGCCGGUUGGAAAUGGUCUCUUCCCACCUUAGGUGGGCUGUCUGAAAGCAGUCAAGUCUGGCAAGAGUCGCUGUGUCCUCUUCAGCAAAACCUUCUGCAGCCUGAAAUAGCAGGCUUGGCUAGAAAGAGCUGAAAAAUUCAAUUAGGAAGACGUUUAUCGGAAGGUGGCAAGUUCAUGGAGGGUACCUGCUCAAGUAUUACUGUCUGUUGCUAUUGUUUUCCCUCCUGAGUCCAGCAGCACGCGCAGGUUCAAGCUUAGCUUUAGGCUGUGCUUUACCCUGAACCUGUGUGCAAAUGCUUUGCUGGAUGGAGGUUUCCCCUUCUUUCACACUUUGGGUUUUUUUCUUCCCUUCCCCUCUUUUUGUACCUAUAUCUUCCAGAUGUCUGUGAUCCAGACAAAAGAACUGCUUUCUUUUCUGCGUUUUCAGAAAAUCUCUGUUGGUCACGUUUGGAUCAUUUUCCACUCCCUGUUAUUAUCUACCCUUCCUGCUAUUUUCCCUCCCUCCCUGUAGGCCUGCUUUGGUAAACGUUUUGGUCUGAUGUCAAAACACGAAAUAAGAUUAUAGAUGUUUGUGAUUUAUUUUAGAGUUCACCGUAAAGCUUUUACUGUUUAAAAGGCAGCAAGGGCAGUGUAGUUCUGUAGCUUUCUUACGAUUUUGUUUGUUCUUUUUUAAAUAGAGCUAGAAUAUUGCAGUUUUUUUUUCAUGAAAAACCAGCUAAACUUUUGUUUUUCCUGCGAAACAUGAGUUUGUUGAACUGCUGUGUAAAAGUUUAGUAAGUUAGAUACUAAAGGCAGGUACGAGAGGACUGAGUGUGGAGUGCAACUUACACUAGAAUGCUGUUUGUCAGUCUCUUGUCUCCAGUGGGGGUUUGCCGGGAGUGUGAAAUUCCAUUUUGUGAUAAUUCCAUUGUUUUUUCACAGUAAUGUUUCAAAAUGUUGCUUCAGUAAAUCGUCCCUUUUGCUCUCCUGCAAAGAUUUGCUUUUACCCUGACGUUGCACCCCACCAGCAGUGCCACAGACCGAGCAGUUUCACCCUUUUUUUGAGCCUUCCAAAGGAAGAACAUUAGCUCCAUGAAUUCCACAGCCUUUUCUGGGCCAUGUCAGUGAAAAGGAGAGGGAGACACUUGGCAGCAAGACUGUGCAGGCCGCCAUAAGCAGACUCCUUCUCCGAGCCUGGUCCUUCAGCAUUCAUUCCUGACCUGUCCCAUUCCCACUCCCUUGGCUCUGCUGUUCCUUGUUCUCACUCACCGUUACGUUUAAAGAUGGGCAAGCUGAGGCAGAGCGUUCAUUGUUGUGCUCACCCCCACCCCAAAAGGGCUGAGGUUACCCCCGAUGCAGGGAGGAACGGCCCGACCCACCCUGUUCCCAUGGCUCUAGUGAUGCAGAAUGAGCUCCAGAGGCUGAGCAGGGCAGCAAUGGGAGGGAGCUCCAGCUCCUGAUUUAUGGGGACAGCCUGUGGCUAUCCACGCUUCCAUCAGCAGUGGGGGCAGUGAGUGGCUGUGGGGUUUCUCUCGAUGCUCUGCUGUCCCCAUAGCUCCUCCAGAAAGUCCCAUUGAUCCCCUCUUGGCAUUCAGAGUCCUCAGAGCUCCAGGAAACACGGCCCUGAUGGCCUGUCCCACACCUGGAAUGCUUGUUUCAUUGGCACUGCUCCCGUUUCUCAUCUUUGUGUCACUUGGACACCAAAUUCUUUGGCACUGGGACACUUUCUGUCCAAGAUCUGCUCAUCAGCCAGCACCAGACAAACACGAGUGACCUGCAGGAGAACGAUUUCUGAAGCAACUCUGUGUCCUUACAUAUCUGGUUUCCUUGUAUUUUACAAGAGAGAUUUUUCCCCUUUGAUGGCAUAGGAUGUCAAAUAUUUAUUGUAGCUGUAGCAAAGUGAUGAAUUGUGAGUAGACUUGACAGGGCAUUGUUUCUAUGUUUCUCUUACAGACACUGAUUGAUUGAGAUGUUUAAAUCUGAAUACAUUUUGUACACUUUUUUUUUUCACAUUGAGCUUUUUAGCCUCUGUAUUGAAUAGCCAAUGUUAUUUGGCAUUAAUUCACAUAUUAAUUAAUGUGUAUACUUUUGUGUUACCAGUAAUUUUUACUGUCAUUGUGCUGUUUCUGGGACAUUAUUUCAACUCCUUUUGACAUAGUUUAGCUACUUGGAAUUUUUUGGACUUCCACAAAAUUCCACGCUUAGGAAUUGCUAGAAUGAAGAGAACAAAGGGAUGUUCUUUCCCACAAGCUUUUCAACCUCAGUAGGAGCUUCUUCAGCCAAAAUGAGCAUUUGACUUUUGGUUUUCACUUUUUUCUUGCUAUUAUGAUAGUGCUGAUUUGUUUGGUUUUUAAUCCUGGGAAUUCUGUGUUCUGUGUUGACCAUUCCUAGCAAUAUUUUACAAAAGCAGAGAUAGCUGUGCCAUAAGGAGUUACACUGAUCAUAACAGGAUCGAAAUAUUGUAAUUAUUUGGUGUUUAUUUAUAAAUAUUUUUUCCACUAUUAGGUUUUUAAGCAAAUCUUUUCUCAGUGUGAUAUAAGAUUAAAAAGACACUAAAGGACUAAGCACUCAACAUGUACAAGGAAAGGGAUUCAGGUAAAUGAUUUCCAUCUGUAUGAGUGAAAAACAGCUGAUGAAUUUUUGUCAGAACAAAAGCUGAGUUUCAGUUGCACAUUUCCUGAUUCCAUUAAUUAAUCCAGUGUUUCAUUGAAACCAUCCCUGUCCUGGAAACCAGAGAUACAUUUAAAGAACUCCCUGAAUCCACUCCUCAGUAGUAAAUAAAGCUGAGUUUUGUAGAAGUAAAGUGUUGCUUAAAUAUAGCACCUUCCAAGCAUUUGUCUUCUUGUAAAAGAUGAGAAUUUUAUCUUUAAUCACCGAGUACCCAUUUAUCAGAUAAAGAUGCCAGUGCCAAUAUUAUCAGAGGUGCUGGUUUAUAUUGUGAUAAAAACCGCUACGCAGAGCUGUAUUAUUACUGUUGUAAAUCUCUUACCUUAGUAUGGUAUUUACAUUUAUUAUCUACAUUAGGAGAACAAAUACAUGAGAUUUUAGGAGUAAGUUCGUUUGGGGAAUGGGUUUUUGGUUAACUAAAAGUGGGCUAAAAAAUCAGGCAGGAGGUUAUGAAAAAUAUCUUUGACUGGGGUGGUUGUAAUGGUAAACAUGACAUCAUAUUUAAAGUGUCAUCUCAUUAUUUUCCAAGAGGAAUCUGAUGAAUUUCCUGUGCCUUGUGUUGAAGCUUUACUCCUUUGUGUCAAUGUUUUAGUGAGGUUUCUAUUUUAAUUUAUAAAUUAAAUACAUAUAGAUAGCUAUUCCAGUACAGUCUGCAUUUGUUCCCUAUGAUGUACAUACUUUCUUCUCCUUUUAUAAAAAUGCCUGUUUACCUGCA